AUGUCUGUGAAUGACAAGCUUGCUAAGGUUAUAAUUUUUGCUUUGUUGGCGUUUAUGUUUUACGGACGUUCAACAGUUGCGAAUGAAAAUAAAUGUAACGGAACGGAAGUUUCAGAAUACGAGGUUCUUAACAUUGGCGGCUUAUUUGCUAUUCAUGGCCAAAGGAAAAACCGAACUUCUUUGUGUGGUCCAUUUAGAAUGGGUGGUUUUGAAGAACUGAAUGCCAUGUUAUUUGCUGUAAGUAAAGUCAAUGAAGACAGAAAUAUUUUGCCAGGAAUAAAGUUACAAGUGAAAGUAGAAGACACAUGUAGUUCAAUGGAACUUGCUACCGAAAAGUCGCUGAAUUAUACGAUAAUCAACUAUCAAUCCAUAUACAAAUGCUUUGGUAAUCACUCUACACAGGACAAGCCAAUAUUAGCGAUCGUUGGUGAACGGAACAGCGAUAUCUCACGAGCUGUUACCAACCUUGUCGGCCUUUUUCAUAUUCCGGUUAUCAGCUAUGGCGCGACAAGUUCAUCUUUAAGCGGAGUAAAAUAUUUCACAAGAACUAUUGCUCCGGAUACAUUUGCCACGCAGGCAUUAGUCGACGUUAUUCAACGAUUCAGGUGGAAUUAUAUAAUCCUAUUGCAUUCUGACAGUGAGUACGGCCGGUUUGCUGCAGAUUCAUUUCGCGAAAAGCUUCGUAAAGGAAAGAAGAAUAUAUGUACAGCUGUUGAUGAACAUAUUAAUGAAGAAAUGACUGAGGGCCUGCAAAUUACGUGGCAAAAAAUCGACAAAGAAAAACACAACACAAAAGUCGUGGUGGUUUUCGCAACUUACGAAGAUUUUAGUGGCUUUUUACAAACAGGGAAAGGAAAAUAUGACCUUGAAGAAUAUAUUUGGUUAUCGAGUGACAUGUGGAAUGGGCAGACAGCUAACUUGACAUGCCUGUUAAAACAUGCCAUCAGCGUUAUACCUAACCAGAUCUACAUUCAAGAAUUUGCAAAGUUCUUUCAAAAUGCUCAGAAAAACCUACACUAUUUGAAACAACAUUCAACUUUUAGCGAGAGUUGGUUUGAAGAAUACAAUUCCUUAGCGGAAGCUGAAGUUAAGAAUAAGAGUAGCUGUGUCGUAUGGGGCUCUUCCGAAGUCAGUUAUGUCGUGGAUGCCGUGUACACGAUAGCCUGGGCUUUACAUGGUAUCUUGAAGUGUGAUAACACCACAAAAAGCUGCAACAAAUCCGAGGCGAAGAAUUUCUUUAAAAGGUAUAAGAACCAAAUAUACGAGUAUUAUACCGUCCAGUUUGCUCUCCCAAGUUGGCUCCCCUGGCCCUUUCACGGAAAACCAAAUGCUAUAUAA